AUGGAGAUUGCAUGUAUAAAUAUAUCUGUAAAAAAACAACACAUGAACAAAGUCAGGUUGGCAAUGACAAUAGGCAUGCUAAUGCUUGCAGAUACUGCACUUGGAAAAUAUAUAGAAACAAAACUUGAUCUUGUGACUAUGUCGGAUAGCUCUGCUAGAUUAUACAACGGAAUAAAGCAAAGCAACGAAUGGAUCCUUAGAAAUGGCAACUCUGGGUCAAUUCUUAAUUUAACAAACAAAAAUGCAGACCAUGACGAGUGGAGUCUGGAGAUCAAAUUUAAGGCGCCUCAGCUUCUCCACCCCGAGUUUGCAGGGCUAUACUUUUGGUACACUGAAGAACCCAUAAAGCAUGGGGGGUUCAAGGGAGCAAGUGGCCGAUUUAAUGGGGUUAUGGCUGGGCUAGAAUUUAUUGGCAAGUCUGUGGACAUUGUAGUUUCAGUAAACCACGGAGAGAAUGACUACACAAACCUAAAGCCAGAGGAGACAGAGCUCAAAGACUCACCAGAUCCUUCUAUUUUUAAGGGCCAUACAGAUCUUAUCUUAAAAAUCAUCUCUACAGCAAAGAACUUCAAAAUAGAGGUCUAUGAUGCAAAUCGGAACAUGCUGUAUGACAGAGUAAGAUAUACUUCCAUGACAGAAAUAGGAUCUCGGCUUUCUGGAAAGUACUUUGGUCUUACCACGGAUUACUCAAGCACCAAAGGCACUGAAAAUAAUGGAUUUCACCUGCAAGGACUUGAUUUGUUUGAGAGAGAAGAGACUGAAGAGUAUGACCCAGAUACAUACCACACCGAGGUUGCAGAUACAACUCCUCGCCUACCUCAUGAAAUACCACAUACGAAUGAAGAAAUUCAGCACACAAUCUCUGGCAUUGAGCAUCUUACAAAGUACCUGCGGGUUGUUUUAGGGGAUCCUCAAAGCAGGCCCGUUGCAGAGAAUGUCGUAUAUAUUAAAAAGCUCAUAAACUUCCAGAGUGCACAUACGCUGGAAAUCAGGGAUGAGAUUAAAGCUAUGGUGAAAAUAAGUAAAAAGCAUGCAAUGGAAGAAGAUGCCCACAGACAAGAGCUAUUCUACCUAGUGCAGAAUAUGAGUGCGAAGCUUGCUGAAAUGUCAAGAAAAGAAGAACUUGAGCCAAGAAGUAGAAAUAUUCCCAUCUUUGGUUUGAUUGUUUUGGGAUGCAGCCUGUUUGCAGGUGGAUUUGUGCUGGGAAAGAAAUUCUCCCCAAUCAAAAAAAUCUCUUUGCACUAGCUUUCCCUAAAUAAA